AUACUACCCGCCGUCGGUUAGUGGCUACUCGGAAAACCCUAAUUAGGCCGCUUUUUAUAUCUUUAGCUCUUCGUUUUGCUUUCUCCUCUCAUCUCUAAAGCGGCCGCCUCCGUAGCUCUCUUGCCUUAGCCUGCGUUUUGCUUCUUCAAGAGCAUAAAUGCCAUGGUUUUUCUUAUUUUACUUCUAUGAUUUACUAGAUAAGCUAGAGAAUAAUUAUAAUUUGUAUUCUUUUCUCUCUUUGCUGCAACAACUUAAUCUCCAGAUGGGUCGUGUUCGCACUAAGACUGUUAAGAAGUCCUCUCGCCAGGUCAUUGAGAGGUACUACUCUAAAAUGACCUUGGACUUCCACACCAACAAGAAGAUAUUGGAAGAGGUUGCCAUCAUCCCCUCAAAGCGGCUUCGUAAUAAGAUUGCUGGAUUUUCCACUCACCUUAUGAAGCGUAUUCAAAAGGGUCCUGUCCGUGGUAUCUCUUUGAAACUACAAGAGGAGGAGCGUGAGCGUCGCAUGGACUUUGUGCCUGAAGAGUCUGCAAUUAAGAUUGAUGAGAUUAAGGUUGAUAAGGAGACAAUUGACAUGCUUGCUGCUCUUGGCAUGUCAGAUAUUCCUGGGCUUGUUGAAUUUGAACCUCAGCCUUUGGUUCCUCCCCAGGUCUUUGGUAGGGGUCCAGCUGGUGCUCCUGGAAGGAGGUUCUGAGGUAAUUGAUCGAUACAGGAUGUUCAAGCAAGAGAACUUUAGAUGAUGUCAUUUCAUUGCUAGUUACUUUCUGUGUUUGUUCUGGAAAUUAUCCUAAAUGGAUAUGGUAUUUGAGGUUUUAAACUGGAGAAUUUUAGUUGAUAUUGAAGUUAAGGAAUGAUAUGAUAGUUGAUUGAUGCA